CCAUUUUCAGGAAUGACGCAUAUCUGAAAAAGUAUUCAUCCAGUGGAUGGUGCAUUUUUAGCUGUUCCGCAGCAUAUUAUUUCAUUUUUUUUCUACUAAUCACUUGUUCGGUUGAUUGGUAAUGACUGAUCAAGCAACUAUUAUUUCUGAUACUACUUGUAAACAGCAACAGCAGCAGUUACUGCAGCAGCAACAGCUGUUACAACAACCGCAGCAGCAGCAACAACAACAACAUCAUCAUCAUCAUCAGCAGCAACAACAACAACAACAACAACAACAACAACAACAACAACAGUCGCAUGAUCAUCACGUGGAAGGUUAUCACGCGUCACCUGCAGAAGGCGUACAGAAGGAUGAGAAGGGUAUAAUUUUUGUUAUCAGAUUUAUGAUUCUCUUAUUAAUUUGCUCAGCAAUCCAACAGCAGCAGUUACUGCAGCAGCAACAGCUGUUACAACAACCGCAGCAGCAGCAACAACAACAACAUCAUCAUCAUCAUCAGCAGCAACAACAACAACAACAACAACAACAACAACAACAACAACAGUCGCAUGAUCAUCACGUGGAAGGUUAUCACGCGUCACCUGCAGAAGGCGUACAGAAGGAUGAGAAGGGUUAUACCGUUGUUCCAGCAAGUGUGAGCUUUCGUGGUGUAAGCAUGAAGCUGGAUCUGAAAAUUGACCAAAAAACAUUGGCCGCAGCAACAAAUUUUUCGAAAGUCGUAGAAGAAGCUGUUUCCACUCACCUUUCAUCGUCGGUUAUGCCGGUAGAUAACAAUGAAGUUGGCAGUUCACUAAUACCACACAUUCCACCUUCAUCUACAAUUGUUGCUCAACCAUACCACUCAGCAUCCUCAUUUACAGUUAUGGAACCUGCUAAUAGUACCAAAGAAUCACCUAUCUGCGAUAGCUCCGUUGAGAGCAGUACUGCACUUUUGAACAGAAAUGAGUUAUGUGAGCAAGUAAACGAAGUAUGUAGUUCGACUGUGGAUGCGAGUCCGUUUUGCGAUACUGCUUGCUCACCUAUACAACUCGAAUUACAAACAAAAUUACCACAUGGCGUCAUGAACAGUUACAUAAAAUCUCCAGACGAUACACCACCUGCUUCGUCGGAAGAGCAAAAUAGAAAUGCAUCGCAUUCAUUACUCAAAGAAGAACUGACCAGUUUAGUGGCUACUGCUGCUGCGCCGGAUAACAUCUAUCUUACACCAUGUGCAUCAACUUCAUCAGCUGAAGUAGAUGCUACUGCUUUUUCACCAUUACUGGCUAAAAGACGAAAGGAGAAGUCAACUACAGCAUCUCAUCUUUGUGAACAGAUUGAUCCAGAAAAAGGACAGUGUCGACAACGAGCUAUCGUAAAUUAUCGAUAUUGCAUUCGUCAUAUACUGCUGGAUCCAGAAGCACCUUACAUACAGUGUCAACAUCAACGUAAACCGAAAAGCAAAAGAGAUACCAAUUUGCUUUGCACGAAUGCAGUACGAAAGGACAAAGGAACAAUUUACUGCAGUACGCAUUUGAUCAUGAAUGGAUUAAUGGAACCGCGAAAGAAGAAGGCGAAAGCAGGUGCAGUGAUUGUUGAGAGCACAGAACUGACUUCUUCCUGCAGCAACAAUGUUUGGAAUCGGUCGCUAAUUACUGGGAAUUCGAACCUUGCAGGUGCAUACGAAGAAAUGAAUUGUACAUCUCGCUCAAUGGAACAAACUUGUAUAAGGAACGACGGUGUCGUCUACAAUAAUGUCUUGAAUAGUGCUGUGAUAGCUGUUGAUUCAGUUACCAACAAACGUACAGUGUAUCACUUCUCGAAAACAUCAGUAGCCAAUACUCUACCCAUGGAGGGAGGUAUCGUUACCGUGUCAACAGAAUCGAGGAAUGAAAUGACAGCAGCUUAUGAUGAUGGUGUAUCAAUUGAAGAUGAUGAAUAUAUUGGGCUACCGAAAUUACCUGUACACAAGACCAUUAUGCCCCUUCCUAUCACAUCGUCUUAUGGUGAAGUACGAUCAACGUAUGAAUGUCCUGUGCAAGCAACGACUAGUCAGAUGGUUCGUCGAAAUAUACCUCAGUUAUGCUCGCGCACGGCUUCUCAAGCUGUCACACCAGCUGUUAUUAAAGCGUGUGAUGGUGCACAAAUUCCAUGUGGCCAACCGACAGUUGUGAAACAACGUGUAACAGCUAAUCUCAGCAAACAACACCCCCAGCUAGCUGCUAAACUUCUUCAGGCGCCAGCAUCUUCUGCGGGGCAAAGCGCUGUAUCAUCAUUAUCAGGUGCUCCGAUACGAUCUAAUUUCGCAAAAAGUAUCAUUCCGCCAUCAUUGUUAGUUCCUGAACCCCGUAAUUUACUACCCUCUGCAGCGCCUCGUCUUACUUCUCGUCAGGAACCUCCACGUUUUUAUAAGACACCCGAAGAUGAUAAAAUUAAGUCAACCAUAAAGCAAGAAAAGAACGAUGUACAAAAGCCGAAAGUUAUACAACUGAAGCAGAAACGCAGGCGAAUGAAGAUGACGGGAGUUUACCGAAAAAUACCUCAAGUUGACCAGAUGUGCAGAGUUUUAGAGGAUCAGGAUUUCGAUCGCACUGAUCUUUUUCCUCGUGGACUUGAGCCAUCAGAUGAUGAAGACGAAGAAAAUGAUUAUCUUGAUCUCAGAUGGUUAGAAAUGGCAUGUAAUGCUGUUUCGGAUCCUGCGCCUCAGGGAGCGCUGCAAGUGUAUUUAGUGAAAAAACAAAUCAGAUUAGACAAGAAUGCAUUAAUGAAAGAAGCUGUUACGAAUGCUCCGAUAAUGCAUGCCUGCAAACAAUAUCCAAAUAGUGUUGGCGCAGCACUAGCCGAUCGUGCUUCCAAUUAUGGGGCUGCUACCAGUGCUGUAUUCAGUCAGAAAAAAUGCACUAUUACGAUCCUGAAAAGUGGUUCACCUCCCGUGCAAUGCAUGAAUAACUGUCUUCCGUUCUCCAAUCACUGCGCACAGCACAUUUCCUACAAUUUGAAUCAGAAAUUAUUCAGUUAUUGUGCUGAGCCAUGUUGUUCGCAGCCCGUUCUUUGCGUUGAUGCACCGAAAACUUUGAAAUUGUGCGUUCAUCAUUAUGAGCUGAGAAUGAAGAAAAAGGUUGAAGAAGAAUUAGCGCGGGAAAAUGCUCAUCAAUCUUGGAAACAACAAACACCAAUAUGUUAUGUGCAGCAGCAUCCCAUACAACAAUAUGAGGACGAUAUUCGUAUGAAUAUUCAGCAUUCGCAUUAUCAGUCGCAGGAUAUUGGAGCAGAUCGAUUAAAUUCUGUUGGUGUAGGUGAUUUCUGCGAACUUGAAAUGGGGUCGGCUUCGAGUGGAAAUGAAUCAGAUGUAUAUUUGGCUUCAUUUGCUAAAGAUCUAGAAUUUAGUUUUGAUGGUAGAGAGAUAAAUGAUAUGUUGGCAAAUUUCAAUGUUCCUGACGGAGAAGGUACUGAUAUUUUACACGAUCAACCAUUUUCAGAUGGUGCAAAGGAUGAAUUUUUGCAACUACCAACAGAAUUUAAUGAAAUUUCUGGUGGCCAUAACUGGCUUGACGUUGAGCAGUUUCUCAUUUCCGAAGGAGUCGAUUUAUCUUCAUCAUCGCAAUCGAGCAGUAUAUCCGCCGUUUCUGUGCCACAGCCAUUAAGUCUAACUAACGAUGGAGUAACAUUCUGCGAAUUUUCGUCGUCAUCAUCAUUGCAUCAGCCACGAAGCUAACCUCAUCCGUCAACAGGAAAGUAUUUCUUUGACUCAUUUCUUAGUCGAACUCACUUUUUUUUAAAUAAUC